AUGGCAUUCUACAGCGCAGGCCCGCUCUCUCCGGGCUACAACACCACCUCGGCAUGGGGCGGCAACGAUAACGCCGACGAGGACCCCUGGGCGGCACCCGGCGCAUCCUCCUCAUCCACCCCCGCAGCGGCUCCGGCCUCGGGCUCGACUGGCGGCUUCACCUCGUUCUCGACGCAGCAUCAACAGCAGUCCGAGCGUGCACAGGGUGGAUUCGGCGCCAACCCGUACUUUGGUGCAAGCCUGGCGCAGGAGGCGGAUGCCUACGGGGAUGGAGCCAUGGAUGCUGGGUUUGGCAGUGCGGCGCAGACGGGUCCGCGUAUGCAGCGUGCUGACUCGGGCUUUGGUGCGGCGCAAAACCACCAUUCAAACGCACAGUCCUCGCCUAGCACCUACGGAUCGGCCAUCAGCUCGAUAGACCAGGCCCCGACCCAGCGUGCACCCACGGACCAGCAGCAACGACAGCCGACUUCGCCCACAGCCGCCACACCGUCCAACUCUGCUUUUCCUUCCGGUGUUCAGGUGGGGGCGAGUCAGACGUCGGGUGCAUCGCGCUUUCAGUCGCACACGCCGUCGACACUGCUACCCAACGAGCCGGCGGGAUUCUCAUCCGCGGGUGCAGGCGAAUACGGUGCAGCUCCACGACAACUUGCACCAGGCUACCCCCUGCCUGCGUCGAACUACACCAUCCCAGCUUAUUCGCCUUUCGCGAGGGUGGAUUCGCUCAGCACCCCGCGUCGGGAGGCGGUGGAGGACAUGUACGGCGUACCCGAAAACUUUCUCGAGGUCGAAGUUCGCAAUCCCCUCACGCACGGCGUGGGUCGCAAGAUGUAUACCGACUACGAGAUUGUUACCCGCACCAAUAUUCCGGCUUUCAAGCUGCGGUAUUCGUCGGUGAGGAGGAGGUAUAGUGACUUCGAGUACUUUCGGGAUAUUCUGGAGCGCGAAAGCACGCGUGUCAAUAUUCCCCCUCUCCCCGGCAAAGUGUUUACCAACAGGUUCACGGACGAGGUUAUUGAGAGCAGGAGAGAGGGGCUCGAGAGGUUCCUCCAGGUCGUGGCGGGUCAUCCGCUGCUCCAGACGGGUAGCAAGGUCAUGGCUGCUUUCCUCCAGGAUUCCGCCUGGAGCAAGGAUCAGUGGCUGUAA